AUGCUCGCCCGCGCCGCAGCAAUAAGCGGCCUUCCCCUGAUCUCCGCCUCCCGUGCGCGCAUUACGCUUUUCCGCGCGCCGAUGAACGAAUUCAUGCGCUUUGCGCACGUUGGCGCUGUCAGUGGCGGGCCGGCAGGAGGCGAUUGGCCGGCAGGGAUUCGCGAACGUGCAAUGGAUGGUGAAGCAUCAGAGAGUGUACCGCCGUCCGGCACAAGAGUUUACAGCAGGCGCGCACGGGGGGAGAGAAAGCCGGCAAUAAUUGUGCAGUACGAAGAGGACUGUAAAGAAGAUGACAGUAACGGAAACGGUCAAGAGGCAAUGCAGGCCUCGAGGCGCAGGUCUGCAAUGCAGCGAACGGGUGUGACUGUAAAGAGGGAAACGGACGAAGUGGUUGCGAAGGGGGAGUUAGAGGAGGUGAUUGUAACGCAACAAGCAGGUGCUGUGGUUGUGAAGCGAGAGUCUGAUGAUGGGACUGCAACGAGCGGCGGUGGUGUGAUUGUAACGAGAGGAGGUGAAGGGGGUGAGUUGACUGUAAAGAAGGAGGCGGAGGAUGUGAUUGUGAAGAGAGAGGAUCUGGGCGACAUGGCAGGCAGAGAAGCACGUGGACCCGAGGCUGAUGGAAUGGCUGUAGCCGGGGCGGAAGGCAUGGCUUUAACCAAAGCUGAAGGUUUGGCUUUGACUGAGGCUGAUGGCAUGCCUGUUGCCAAGACUGAUGGAACGGCAGUAGCCGAGACUCAAGGAAUGGCUGUAACCGAGGCUGCUUGGGGUGGUGGCAGGGGCAGGAGGAAACGAAGACAACCAGCAGGGAGAGACGCAGAUAGCAGAGCUGGGGAUGAAAUAGUUGUCGCCGGGCAGCCGAAAAGAUUCUCCGGUGGGCAGGCAAAAAGGGCGGGAGUGGAGAGGUGGCAGGAGGUGGUGGGUGCGAUCAAGGAGAUGCGGAGUGGGGGAGACGCGCCUGUUGAUACCAUGGGGUGUGAGAAAGCAGGGCAGGGCAUGGGGGAGAAGGUGGGUCAAGGCAGGGCAGGGCAUGGGGGAGAAGGUGGGUCAAGGCAGGGCAGGGCAUGGGGGAGAAGGUGGGUCAAGGCAGGGCAGGGCAUGGGGGAGAAGGUGGGUCAAGGCAGGGCAGGGCAUGGGGGAGAAGGUGGGUCAAGGCAGGGCAGGGCAUGGGGGAGAAGGUGGGUCAAGGCAGGGCAGGGCAUGGGGGAGAAGGUGGGUCAAGGCAGGGCAGGGCAUGGGGGAGAAGGUGGGUCAAGGCACCGGGGAUGUGGGAGAAGUUGUCGCAGAGGAAUGGUUUACUCUCUCUCUUUGCAUCGCUCUCACAUCCUUUUCCCACCCUCCCCUCUCCUCCCUCCCCUUGCUUCCUCCUCCCUCGUCCCCUUACACUCUCGCCCUCGCCUUUCUCUCCUCUCCCAUCGCCCGUCUCUCCUCUUCCCCCGCUCCUGCGAGCAGCAGCGGCGCUUUGCAGUGCUGGUGUCGGCGAUGCUCUCCUCGCAGACCAAGGAUCCUGUCACUCACGUGCGUGCAGCACCCAUCGCAUGCGCCUGUCACUCGCAGUGCGUGCAGCACCCAUUGCAUGCGCCUGUCACUCAAGGUGCGUGCAGCACCCAUUGCAUGCGCCUGUCACUCGCGGUGACGUGUGGCAAGGCUGACCAUGCUCUCCUCGCAUGUGGACGCCCCAUCGUGCAUGGGCGCUUGGAAGGCCACCUGCCGCCCAUUGCAAGGUCCUGUGCUGUGCCGCCCAUUGCCGCCCACAGCACUGUGCGCCCGUCACACCCGUUGCGUACACGAGCACCAUUGCAGUACCGACCGCCACAUGCUAGGUGUACGCGGUACUAUUGCCUUGCCAGUCACCCAUGGGCCAUGGUGCCUCGCUGUGCGUACCACGCUGUGCCUAACACAGUGACAUUCGCCACCGUUGUGGCAUGUGCCUUUUUCUCCACCAUUCCCUUUUGCCUUAUCUCCCAUCCCCACCCUAACAUCCCAUCGUCCCUCUCCCACCCUUCCCUCACCUCCAUUGCCCUGACAACCAUUCCCGCGAAGUGGCACGUCUGCAAGCAGCAGGGCUACUGUCGGCAAUGCUGGCCUGAGUCCACUCUAAAACCUAAUUUUCUUCCAACCACCACCACCGCACCACCAGGUGCAGUGGCACGGAUGCAUGCAGCAGGGCUGUUGUCGCCUGACGCGCUCAAGGCAGCAGACGAAGCGACCAUCAGCCAAACCAUCUACCCGGUGGGAUUUUACGUGCGCAAGGCGGGGUACCUGAAGAAAAUGGCCAAUAUCUGCCUGGAGAAGCACGGGGGAGACAUCCCGGGCAGCCUGGAAGAUUUGCUUGCGCUGCCCGGCGUCGGGCCUAAGAUGGCCUACUUGGUGCGUGUGGGUGGUGAGGUGAUGAACGUGGCAUGGGAGCGUGUGGAGGGCAUAUGUGUGGAUACUCACGUGCACAGGAUAGCUCGGCGCCUGGGGUGGACGGAUGCCAAGGGCAUAUGUGUGGACACUCACGUGCACAGGAUAGCUCGGCGCCUGGGGUGGACGGAUGCCAAGGCAUCAAUGUGUGGAGCGGACAUUCAUGUGCACCGCAUAGCGCGGCGCCUGGGGUGGACGGAUGCCAAGGCCAAGACACCAGAGGACACAAGACGAGCUCUAGAGCAGUUACUGCCAAGGGACGAGUGGAUGGGCAUCAACCCGCUCCUAGUGGGCUUCGGUCAAUCCACCUGCCUGCCCUCUUUCCCCUCCCUCACCUGCCAUGACCUCCCCAGGCAAAGACACCAGAGGACACGCGGCGAGCGCUUGAGCAGCUGCUACCAAGGGACGAGUGGAUGGGCAUCAACCCGCUCCUAG